UCCGCCUGCUGCCGGGAGCAAACUGCACUCAUUUCCCCGAUAUUUGACAGAUGGAUGCUGCGCUGUCGUAGAGGAGGAGGAUGAAAAAAUCGGCUGAUAUAUUUUUCUGCUUUUUCGCUCACAGCCUAUUUAUGGGAGGCAGCGGCGGCUUGGCCCUUUCUUUAUUAUAGGAACGAGAUCUCAGCGGUUAGCUAUGUGAAGAGCAGAUCGCCUCAUAAUUCUCAUUUCGCGAUCCUGAGGAAUAAUUAUGAACAACGCGCAAGAUAUGUCGCCCGAUUUCGUGUUGAUGCGCCUGGUUUCCGCGGCCGAGGAUGACCGCUUGGACGCAGAAAACGGGAAUCUGCCGCCGGGAGGAGUGGUGGCAGGGCUGGGGAAGGAGGUCCUGGCUCACAGCGGCGUCAAAGCGGGGUUGGACAUCAGCCGAGAUCCGACGGCGGGCCUCGAGCAUCCCAGCAGCCGCCUGAACAAAGCCCAGCCGAGCGGCGAGGGCACGGCUGCACCUGACACCGGGGUGACGGAGAGCCGAGCCCCGCUGUCCGCGCCUCCUCCGCCGCAGAGCCCCAUGGAGGCCCAGGGCUUUGACUUCGCUCCCAGCCCCGGCCUACGGCCUCAGCUGCUGGUGUUUUCCAAUAUAAUGCGGAACGGAGAGGGGAUUUUAGAAUUAGACCGUCGGAAUCAGCCGAGGGAUGCUCUGGGUUUGGACCAGAGCCCGGGGUCUGGCUGCUCCGUCCCGACUGUCAAUAACAACACCCUGAGUCCCGGAGACGUUCAGCAGCAGCAGAACCUGCUGGACCGGACGUGGGGAGCGCAUCCGCCGGUCUCGGUAACCGCGGAGAUGCAGGGUGCUGCGGAGCUGUGCCGCCGACAUCGACUCAUCACUACCCCGCCCGAGUGGCCCUUGUCGGAGAGAUCCAACCCUCUCACCGUGAUUGACUCUAAAUGGGGAUGCGCCACCAGGGACAGAGAGGGAGCCGUGUUUGAGCUGGCCCGACGGUUCGGGGAGCUGGGGGUUGGUGCGGUACCCAAGAUGCUCUUUAAAGCAGGGGAGCUCCCGCAGUGUUCGUGCCAGGGUGCACACGGGCCGGUAGGAGGGGGUGUAGAGCCCGGGGAUGACCCGACCGAGACCAGCGAUGCUUUGUUAGUCCUGGAGGGGCUGGGGAGCGGGGACGUUGCCGGCCUGGGCAUGGACGAGUGCCCGGAGAGCGAGACAGAUGAUGAGAACGGACGCCGCGAGUUUUUACUCAACAGAAAAAGGGAAAUUGUUCAGAAAAUGUCGGGGGCUUUCUCCAUCAGCAGAUUCCAGGCGGAGCUGAGGAGGCAGGUGGAGGGUUUGGCCCCGGCGGGGACCGAGGCAGCGGGGGCAGCACACCUUGGCGCGCAGGUGUGCAGCCUCCACGGGAACUUAUCCACCCGGCUCUCGCAGGUAAGCUCAGGGGAUUCAGAGGUGGUCGCCGAGGUUUCCGCCACGUCACCGUCUCCUACGCCGAUUCAGAGUUCACCCUGGGCCACAAGUCCAAACCCGAGCCAGGCGUCGACACCUAGAAGGCGGCCGGAGCGGUGCGCCAGUGCGCCACGGACUCCCACAAGCUGGUCCGCGGGUGGGGAAAAGACGCUCAAAGUUACAGGGAAGUCCAAAAAGGGUUCGUUAAAGAUCCGCUUGAGUAAAUUGUUCCGGACAAAAAGCUGCAGCGGCUCCAAUCACCUGCUGGACAAGAGGCCCUCGGUGACCUACUCAGUAUCUUCAGCCGGGAGUCUGGUGGACAUGGCGAGCACUGCUGGUCCUGAGCAGGAUGCGGAAAGCCAGCCCAGACUGACCAGGGCCCACAGUGCCUUCUCCCCCGCCUCCCUCUCUGCCUCCCUCUCUGCUUUCACUGGUGAGACUGUUUCCCUGGUGGACGUGGAUAUUUCACGGCGAGGGGCGAACACGCCACACCCUCCCACGCCUCCCCCACCUCCACGUCGAAGUCUAAGUUUGUUAGAUGACAUAGCCGGCCCUCAGCCUGGGCCUUUCCUAGUGAGUGUUAUGGGUGCCUCCCUGCAGUCCCUCCCCUUGCCUCUUCCUCCUCCUCCUCCUCCUUCCCACGCCACCAUCCAGCACAGUCUCAGCCUCAAUGAUGCCUUCCUCCGGGCACUUCCUCAUUCAACCCCGUCGCCGGCUGAUGCUCCACUCCCUUCCAGACAGGCCCCGCCCCCCAUGCUGUGCGCCCUGCGGCGGUCUGAAGCCAGCAACUUCACCGCCAGCCUGAGAGAGCUGGAGAAGUGUGGCUGGUACUGGGGUCCGAUGAACUGGGAGGAUGCAGAGAUGAAGCUGAAGGGGAAACCAGAUGGAUCUUUCCUGGUCCGAGACAGCUCGGACCCCCGAUACAUCCUGAGCCUCAGUUUCAGGUCACAGGGAGUCACACACCACACACGCAUGGAGCAUUACCGAGGGACGUUCAGCUUGUGGUGUCACCCGAAGUUUGAGGACCGUUGCCACUCGGUGGUGGAGUUCAUCGAGCGAGCCAUCAUGCACUCCAAGAACGGCAAAUUCCUCUACUUCCUCCGCUCCAGAGUCCCAGGGCUUCCUCCCACCCCGGUUCAGCUGCUGUAUCCUGUAUCUCGCUUCAGCAACGUGAAGUCACUACAACAUCUCUGUCGCUUCUGUAUCCGACAAAUAGUCCGCAUCGACCACAUCCAGGAGCUUCCACUGCCCAGGCCACUAAUAUCCUACCUGAGUAAGUUUUAUUACUACGACCCCGAGGAGGAGAUGUACCUGUCAAUCAAGAGCAUCCGGAGGGUGGUGGGAGCAGAGCAAGAGGCUGAGUCGCAGACGUAGCAGCAGAGAUCUUCUCAGCUCCAGUUUCUGUAUGGAGGACUGAUCUGUUCUGGUCUGCCAGCAUCAGCCAAUCAGAGUCCCUGGAAAUGUCUGUGUCCGGUUGGACUUGGAUGGACCCACCUCUCUCUUGAUUUGGACUAACAAAAAGAGGGAUGAGUGUUUGCAGUUGGACAGUGGGAAAACUGUCAAUGAGAAGUUCAGGUGCAGAGGACUCAGCCUCGUCUUCAGAGGGACUGCACAGGUGUUCUCACCUGCAAAACAUGUUGGUUUGAAACAAAAAGUAAAUUAUGAACUUCAUUUGCAAUUUUCCUGAACGUGCUGAACUGGACUUUUAAAACACAAUGCACUGGUCAAUUUGUACAACUGUUGUUUGCUGCCGUUUCCUUGUUUUUCCUUCCAGUCUGUCAAAAUGAGGGUGUUUGGAUUAAAAGUUGCCCUCAGGACAGAUAUACACACAGAGGCAGGGCAAUCACUGAGCCUUCAGGCAGUCAAAGUGUUUAAGAGAAGCAGGCCACCAUGUUGGAGGACCUAUCAUCUUAUAUUGGGUAACCUGAUUAACAUUUUAAUGUUAGCUACAGUGCUAGUAUAAUGCUCAUGUAAAUUAGACAUAAAGUGAAUUUAAAACUGGAUUUAAAACUCAAUUCUGCUUUACCAGAGGUGCUUGUUACACAUACAGAUUUAAUGGAACUUUACUCUCCGCUUAGAGUUUACUUGUUAGAGUUUUUAGCCUGACGAUCAGAAUGGAUUUUCAGUUUGUUGUCAUUCACAUCAUUUAUGCCUGGUCCACAUGUACACAGGUGUUUUAAAAGCUAGCUUUUCUCUGCAUUUUGGUAAUUGUCCAUACAAUUACCACUGAAAAAGGAGCUUUUGGAAAACUCGAAAAUGAUGCGGCCGAAAUAGUGCUGGUGCUAAUCUUGCUAACAGGACUUUUUAUAUAUUUACACACAAAUGUACAGUUACUCUUCUUCUUUUAUCGAGGAACAGAUGAGGCACAAUGUGUUCCUGAGGUCACUGCUACAUAAUCCAACAGUCCCACGACACAGACCCUGCCACCAGUGUCGCUGGUUUUGGACCUCUAGCUGCAGGUAGCCUAGCAGUCAUAACUUUUUUUCAGGCUUCUGAUUGGCCAACAUGGCUUUAGGGUCGCCUGUUGGUUCGACAUGCUCUUCAUGGAGCUUCAUUUGUCUUUUUGCACUUACAUCUGGACAGAGUUAACAGUGUGUGUGUAGGAAAAUACUUGUGCAUGUGUGGACUAGGCAUUAGUCUGACAUUGUUAACCCUGUGACUGACUGGCGACCUGUCCAGGAUGUGCUUCGGCUCUUGCGCAGUGUAAGCUGGGAUCGGCUCCAGCCCCCACCCGUGAACCUCUGAAGGAUAACUGAGAAGAACUAGUGGAUGGGUUAUUUUUUCCAGUUUGCAGCAGCGAGUGACAUAUCUGUCCCACCACUGUCAUUUUAACUUAACAUUGAAGUUGUGGUACCAGUUGGUAGUUGCACUUAUGUCAUAUCAAAUGAAGAAUUAGGUAGGGCUAAGAGUUGUCAAAUCUGUAGGUACAUUCAGAAGAACCUACAACUAAGUCAAUGUCAUCUACUCUUGUCAUCAUUUCUGUUGUCAUUUCUUUCUGGAUGUAAAUAGUUAACCAUGUAGAAAGAUGACUUCCCCGUUCUUCAUCUCACUUUCGUAGCUCUGAUUCUUCAGUUGUUUCUCCAGCUAGCAGAAACAGCCGUCAAUGAGCACCACACCGAAUCUUUUUGAACAAAUAGGUGAUGUGUUGAUUCAGGCCUUGACCACACGUAUACAGAUUUAAAAAAAAAUAUGGAUAUUUCACCUCCUCCAUUUAAAUAUUUUUUUUGAUCUACAUUUUACAAAAUAUCCAGGCCAUCAGAUGGUGAUAAAGUUUACAUCAAUGAUACAUCAAAUACCGGAGAAGAAUAUUCUAUGCAUGUGGAACAAGCUUAUUUUUCUUUGGCGGUAGUAACGUAAAAACACAAAUGGUAUCUAAUUACUUAUUUAUUUGUAGUUAUUUAACAUCUCUCUGGCACUUGGCCUAGCACCACUAGGGGAGGUCUGGAAACAGGCCAUGGUUCUGUUUCUUAUGACCCUUUAGAGGGAAAUCACCAGCUGCGUAGAGAGUGCCCAGAAGUGCAACACGUUACAGAGUUUAAGCCCACAUGUGUUAGUAGUUUUAUUCUCACUAUAAUUUCAUGUUGACUCAACUGCAGUUGAGUUCCCUGUUGUUCCUGCAGUGAUCUACAAAUGUCGUUGUUGAAUGAUAACCACAGUCUCCGUCAUCGCCUGGUUUUGCAGGUCGUCUUUAACUGAUCAGGUCGCAGACAUCUGGCCUUGUGUUUGCCAGGAAAAAGUAGCGCUGUUUCGCGCUACUUGUAACUCCUCUGACAUGGUGGAUUGUACUUUUGUUGUACAUACAGUAGCCAAAAACUCACAGUUUCAGACCUCGAUCCAAUGGGAAAAAUAGUCGGUGAAGGCCAUUGUCAUUGUUGUUAUAGUUGCCCGUUGCUUUGUGUUUCUCAAAAAAAGGGAAAAGCUCUACCUUCAGAUAUCAGUUUCGGAUGUCAUUGCAGGAGACGUUAGUGGCUGUGAUUCCUACACUUCCCAGAAUGCCUCUAAUCAACCUUUAGAUAAGGAUGUUUUAAAUGAUAUGACCAUUGCUAGCUUGCUGCAAGCAUCAAACUGUGUCCAAUAGUCUUGGAGCUGCAUGGCAUUCUGGUCUGUUGAGGCUCUUGAUGGUAGCUAAUUUGGUGUCUGUUGCUCUUACAUGACAUUAUUUCACUACAUAUAGUUGCUGUUUAUAUUUGGACAGGAAUAGAGAAAAAUAAACCAAAGAAGAAAUUAUCUCUAGAAAUGCAAUUUACAAUACAAACAGAUUUUAACUGUUUCAUUCCACCUAGCUCAUUGGAACUUAAAGCAAAAGAAUGCAAAAAGGGAAUAGUGUUGCUUCUCUUUAACAUUAAAAUGAUGUUCUUUUUCUGUGGGUCUACGAUAUGUUUCAGCAUCAAGUCCUUAUGAUUAAUGCUCUCUUAGAAAAUAAAAAAUAACGGAGGGAAGUUUUUUAAAUAAAGACAAAACGAACAUGGAGUUUACCUGCAUUAGCAUAACAAUUAUGUGAAUUUGUUACUGUUCUGGGAGUUAAUGAGCUGGUUAUGAGGUUAUAUCCAGAUUCCUCAUUUUUCCCACAAUGCCCUGCCUCAAAGUGUGUAUAUCUGCCAUGACUCGUCUCUACCUGUCCGUUUUAUUUGUUGAAAUGCCCAGGUGUAUUUUGCUCAUUCUAUUUCUCAGAACCCUGAA